CGCUCGAUACCUCGAUACGAAGCGAUGCUUGCAAUGCAAUCGCCAUUUUGUUGAACAAUUUUCUACUCGUGAUAUCUUUCGUUCGAUUCGAUACGUGUUUAAUCAUCGUUUUACCAUCUCAAUUUCGGCGGCAAAUUGGUGAUCAAUCAAACAAGAAGUGAUAUUUGAAAAUCACCAUGAAGAAAUGUUCAUCGCUUGUUUGGCGGUUUUUUGAUCGUAUUGAAAAUGAAAGCAAGAGGUGUCUUGCAGUGUUGUGUAAAUUAUGUGAUACGCAGUAUAAGUUUUUCGGCAAUACCACAAACUUGAGAGCGCAUAUGUCGAACAAGCAUCCUCUGCAAUGGGAAUUAGCACAAAAUGGCACGUUGGAAGACACUAAUUUUCGAGGCGAAGAUGAUGAUACCAAUCAAUCGUCUGCUUCGCCAAAAAGGAAAUAUGCAAGGGCCUACAAUAAAAACAAAAAUGUACGUUACUCAAUAUCUGUUGAUAAUCCACGAAGAGGGGAGGAAGAUAUACCAAAAAUUGAAAUCCAAAGGGUUGAUGUACUAGAAACAUCUGAAGGCGAAGAUGACACUGAAGACGCAGAAGCCACAUUUAAUUUAGUUAGACAACUGCACAGUACAACUAACCUCAGGGGCUCAGACGAGGAGUGGUUAGAAGAUGAAACAUAUGAACCUAAACGUAAGAAAGUUAUGUACAAAAAAAUCAAACGGGAGGUAACAACUCCUCCGAGAAGGCAGUCAUUUGUGAGAAUGAUGAAAAAUGAACCAAGACCAGCACCGUCUCCAAUAGUUUUAGAGAGUUACAAAGAUGAAUAUUCAGUAUUUGGAGAAUAUGUAGCUAAUAAGCUUAGAAAGUUCAGAACGCCACGGACUCGAGGGAACUUGCAGCAAUUAAUAACGACAAUAUUGUGGCAAGCGGAAUAUGGAGCAUACGAUAGUGCUGAUGCUGUGAAGAGGUUAUUAAUGUACUCCGUUCAGGCACAGGAACCAGAGCCAGAACAGCAUGUUCCGGAGUUUAACUCUCAAGUGCAAGCGGAAGAGGUUAUUGUACAUCAGGAAGAGCAAAACCAAAGCAUGGAAUAGAUUACACAGGCAAAGAUUUAUAUUUUUUAUAAUUUGGAUUAUGGACGUUCAGUGUGAGCAUUUUCACCAAAAAUAAAGAAUUUAGUUUA